AUGUCACAACAUGGAUACCCAGAGAGACUGUCGAAUACUUCAAAAGGGUUUCAAGAGGAUGUGUCAAGCCAGACGAUGGAAGUGCUGGUCGAAACCCUGACGGGGACAGCAUUCGAGAUUACGGUGUCUCCUUCGGACACUAUUUUGGAUAUAAAGUCGAAAAUAUAUCGCGUUGAAGGUAUACCGGUGUCUCAACAACAUCUCGUGUACAACUUACGCGAAUUAGAAGAUGCUCGGUCCCUGCGGGAGCAGUCUGUGUGUGAUGGAGCUAAGUUACGCCUGGUGCUGGGACUUCGAGGUGGCCCGGUGGCUACGCGGCGGUUGCCCCCCCCUGAACCCUGGAAUGAUAUUGAGCAGCUGCUCGCUUCUAAGAGGGGCGAGUGUGACGGCAGCAGCGGCUCAGGAAGUGGCUGCAAGGUGACAGUUGUUGUGUUCCGCGAGGGGGAGCGAGUCAAUAUGCUCAGGGUGAAAGAAAAUAAGGAUGGCACUUACUCUCCUAUUGACAACAACAAAUACUCUUCAUCCCUGGGUCACUUGGUGGAGUGCGACACAGACGAGGCCUUUGUUGGAGCUGCAACCGGAAAAGGUUCUGCGAAGGGUGCGCCCAGGGCUCCAUCUGCGGAAGCCGUGGCAGACAUGGUGCACGAGAAUGCAGUCACCAUGACCAAAAUGAUGCAGCUGCGCCAUCGGAUGCACAUGCUGACCGCUACCCGGCCGCCCAUAGCUAGUAGUGUUUUUAAAGGAAAACGUGAUAUACAGAAGACUAGAAGCGAAGAGAUCCUAUCCGUCCCCAGUCUCCUAGAUGACAACCCAGAUUAUAGGACCUACACGCCCAUAGAAGAUGCUCUUUAUGAUGGCAACUAUACCAGAUACGACUUUGAUUGUUCCUUCUCCGAGAGGUAUACCUUGCUGCCACCCAUCGGAACCAGGACUGACUCUGAGCCUAAUAUACCUGAUCCUGAUGAUAGUUCAAGAUUGAAAUUAUCGGAUGCGUUGUCGGGGUCUAUACUAGUGAAGCGUGAAAAGAAGGAGGAGAGAACUGUCCGGGACGACCCUUUGGCCCGUGGCGAUGUGGACACCCAACUGGCAGCGGACAGCCUCGCCGCUAUACACGCGACUGAGUAUGGGCCCCUAGUUGUGGGGGAAGCGAGUGGUUGGAGAGCCCGCGGCUUCGGGUCCAGUUCCCAGCUAGCGGGAGGAAGCUUAGCGGGUAGCCUAGCUGGUGGCCUCACUGGCUCUUUAGCCGGUGGUCUAACGGGCUCCUUGGCCGGGGGGCUGCCAGGGGCUUUAGGGGGCGGUGGUGUAGCUGGAUCGUCUUCUGCGCUUCAUGUAAGGGCACGCCAUUCAGCUCGCUCCUCACCUCCGCUAUCCGACGCGCUGUUCUCGUCGUCCACGUCCGAUUUGGAGCAUUUGAAAAGAAAUAGAAUCUUGCCAGCGCUGAGCCGGCAUCGCAAUCGCGAGCACCUGCACUUAAGCGACGAGCGCCUGGACCACACGCCCUCCCCGCAUCAGGCUUCGGUGCGGUCUCCCCCACUUAAUAAGGAGGUGGGCUCCGAGCGGCGGCAGAGGCGCAUCGAUAAGAUCACCGAAAUGGAACAGAGGUUCAAACAAGAAGAGAGAGAAGUUUUACAGGAACAGGAGAAAAUCCCCGAGGAGAAGGUGAAGAAGGUGAAAAUCCGCUGCGCGUUCUGCAAGAAGCGCCUCAGCAUAGCGACGGUCCAUACUUGCCGCUGCGGCGCCGAGCUGUGCGCGCCGCACCGCUACGCCGAGGUCCACGGCUGCGCGUACGACUACAAGGCGGGGGCGCUGGCCAGCCUCCAGAGGGCCAACCCCCUCGUGAGCGCGCCCAAGCUCCCCAAAAUAUGA